AUGAGUGAUGAUUGUUCUGAUUAUUCGGAUUCAGAUUUUGAUCCUACAUGUAAUAUAGAUGCAGCGUUGACGAGUGAAUCCGACAAUGAACCUGUAGCGAAAAAAGAACAUUUUGAGAAAAGAGAUGUAAAAUCUAAUACUUCUGCAAGACCAUCCCGUGUUCAGUCAUCUCGAGUAAUGAAGGAAGAAUCAGACAGUUCUUUGACUCAAGAUGAUGACUUUUUGGCAGAUACUGUUAGGCCAGAAGAAAAUUCUUUACAAGAUUCAAACUGGGGACCUGUUUCCGGAAAUUUUCUAAUUUUCUAUUGUCCUUUGAACUUUGGCAUUCCUGAACAUUUGAAAAACGAAAUGGCUGAUAAGAAUGAACCGUUAUUCUUUGAACUGUGUUUUUCUGAAGAUGUCAUAAAUAUGAUUGUCCUCGAAAUAAAUAGCCAUGAAUCAACCAUCGGAAAACUGCGAAAACUACCACUUAAAAUGGAAUCACUACAACUCGUAUAUGCAUUCAUGCAUAGCUACUUCGCUCUACCAAGAUUCAUUCGCAGACGUCGCCCUGGUCACAAUGGACGGCCACCAAAUGAUGGCUCACCGUUACGUUUUAGCCUACAGCAGCCGUUAUAUGGCACAGUUAUGAAAGUCGAAAGUUAUUUCAAUUUGGAAAAAAAUAAUAUAGGUCCAUUGACAUCUGUUAUGAGAGUUCAGAAACGCACAUGCGAUGCUUGCGGUAUCUCAGAUAGGACAUUCCGAAGAAUUAAUAACAUGAGUGAGGAUGAAAUAAAUAAAAUAUUGCAAUAUCAACGAAAAAUAACAACGUCCCUUCCCCUUAUGAUUAUAUUGCCGCCGGAAAUCGACUACAAAUCGCUAAAGGUUUUGAUGAGGUACAUGUACAGCGGUGAAGCGAAGGUUUCAAAGGACAUCUUAAAUGGAGUGCUGAAGGGAGGAGAAAUUUUACAAAUCAAGGGACUAUCACGUGAAAAAGAAGACAAUGAGAAAGAACCGAAAGUCACGCAAUCAUUUAGCAGCCCUUCUUCAUUAAGCCAAAAUUUAAACAACACGCCUGCCACAACACCAACUCCUCCAGUACCGUCACCUCCUCCGCUAGUAGCUGUUUCAGCAGCAUCUUCCGCAAACGCAGUCCUGCCCUCUAAAAAACAGGAACGAAAGAACUCGACGUGUACAGUCACUUCCGGUAAUGCUGUAGGUUUCGCUCCUUCGAAAACAACCCAAAAAGUUGCUCCGACGUUCUUGCUGGUGCAGAAGACUAAGGAUCAACCGAAGUACGAGAAUCUUCGUCCGAAACAAAAAGUUUUGAAUUUUGCCUUACUGCAAUCUAAUAUACAGAAAGAUGGGAAUAAAAAGGGAAAACCUGAGGAAACCAUAGUGAGGGAAGAGGAUAUUGUGAUUAAAACUGAACCUAUUAUAAAAGACAACCUUCAGUACCUAAUGAUUAAAGAUGAGCCCGUGGACUGGAGUGAAGCAGAAAUGGAAGUGAUAAGUAGAGAGGACGAAUACGAUGAUAUUCAGCUAAAACCUGAACCAGAAGACCCAAUGACAGAAUCUAAUUCGAUGUCAGACGAUAAAUUGUUUUCUCCCUUGACCUGCGAACUAUGCACCGCCACAUUUACGAUCCCUAGGGAAUGGGAAUCCAACUCAUACGAAAACGAUACAUUUCCUGAGUUGAUGUGCGACCUGUGCCAGAAGCCCUUCCAUACGCCUUCAGAAUGGGUAAAACAUAUCGAGAGUACCCACACGGAAUUCGAAUUGCACCUUUCUAAUAAGCAGAACACCGAUGGGAUUACCAAUUUGAAAACGUUUGAUUCUCCACAACCAGAACUAAGUAAAAUGUGUCUCCACUGCAAGAAGACCUUCCCUUCCAACGCCUCCAUGUUGAUCCACCAACGAAGUCACACCGGAGAAAAACCAUUCGCCUGUGAAUUUUGCAAUAAAUUGUUCAACGUCAAAAGUAAUUUGUUGAGGCAUCUACGAACCAUACACAACAAACAUCUCAAUGCAGCCGAAUUCGAGAAGAUAGAGGAACCAGAGAAAGCUUGA